UUGGAGUGAGGAAGUCGGUCGGCGUGCACCGUGCUUGGCUGGCAUGGAAAGGUGGCCGCGACGUGUGUGUCUCUGACUGCCCGGGACUAGCGACCUUUACUCUCGAGGAAGCCCAUUGAUCUCAGCAGGAUUGGUUCCAAGGUAGGACGAUCAUGGCCUUAAGAGCAUGUGGCUUGAUUAUCUUCAGGAAGCUGCGGGAGGCAUCGCCCACUUCUGCUCUCGGGAACAAAAUUGAGUACCUCCUCCUGCAGACAUCCUAUGAGACUCAUCACUGGACCCCUCCAAAAGGUCAUGUUGAUCCUGGGGAAGACGAUCUGCAGACCGCCCUCCGGGAGACGCAGGAGGAAGCAGGGCUGGACCCCACUCAAUUCACAAUCAUCGAUGGGUUUAAGAAGGAGCUGAACUACAUUGUGAAAAACAAACCAAAAACAGUUAUCUACUGGCUAGCUGAAAUGAAGGACAACGACACAGAGAUUAAACUCUCAUCGGAGCACCAGGCCUUUCGCUGGCUGACCCUCGAUGCGGCCUGCAGGCUUUCAGAAUACAAGGACAUGCAGUGUACCCUCAGAGAGGCACAUGAGUUUCUCUGCUCCAAAACAUGAGUGCUCUGAGGGAGUGCGCUUAGUGGAAAUGCUGGCUACUAGUUCCAUAAAAAUGAAAGCAGAAGGUAUUGGCAAAGGAUGUACUAUA